AGCAAAAGCACAGAAAAAUGCGUCAAAUUUGCAGUGUCACUGUUAAAAGCCUGGUGCGUGUCAAACGGGGAAUCUGCUGACAUAGAAAAGAUGACGUUUGCCGAAUUAAAUGAGAUUUUGGGGAAAUUUUACAGCAAUGUUAGAACCAAAACUGGAGAGUACUAUUCAUACAGUAGCUUGACAUCUUUUAGAUAUAGUUUAAAUCGAUAUUUUCAGUCAAUGGCUGAGGGCAAACGUUUCGACAUAAUUGAAAACUCCGAAUUUUUCAACUCAAAUGAAAUAUUUAGUACCGUUAUCAAAUCUUUGAAACUUAAAUCCACUGACAAGGGAGAUAAGAACAAACUGUUUUUAACUUCUGAUGAGCUGCGGCAGAUAUAUUUGCAAGUGUUUGCAGAAGAUUCACCCAAAACUCUACAAUACAAAGUCUGGUUUGAAGUGGCAGUAUAUUUCAACAAAGGCGGUAGAAGCAAGCAAAGAAUAUUGACAAAGAACUGCUUUAUCUUUGGAAAUGAUGCUUUUGGAAAGUUUGUAUUUCUGAAGAAAGAUACAGGGUCUGAUAGUUCUAUGAAUAGCAAUAAGGAUGGAAGGAAAAUGUAUGAGAAGAGAAACCAUCCCUUAUGUCCAGUUCUCUCCCUUGCCAAGUAUUUGUCAAAACUCCAUCCAGAAACAAUGGAUUUAUUUCAAAGACCAAAAUACAAGAUCAGUAAAUCAGCAAGUGUAUGGUACUAUCACCAACCAGUAGGCAAAAACUUUUUGGGAAAUGUCAUGUAUUUGAUCUGCACCCAAGCUGGUAUUUCUAAACAGGUUUCUAACAAAUGCCUG